GCGCGCGCGCACAUGCCGCAUUAUGGCUUCGCGGCGCCUGUCGCGAGCCGUGCGCUAGGGCGAGCACUUGUGCCUCGCGUCUCUCCUCUCUCACGUCUCGACAUCAUCAUCAUCAUCAUCGUCGUCGUCGUACUCCUCCUUGUCUCCUCCUUCUCAAGCUCCUGUCGGCGCCGCGCUACAGCAGCUCGGGGUGUUGUUGGUCGCUUGGGGUGGCCGUGAAGACGGCGGCGGCAGCGGCGGCGAUGCGGUCAAGCGGCGGCCCUUGGCGGCUCCCGGCGGGAGCAGAGGUCUCGGCAGAGCUGGAGCACCUUGCUGAAUAUCUCUUGGAGGGCAACUUUGAGGCUGUGCUGCAUGACCCUUUGGUGCAGCGGGUCCUCGCAGAUGGGCAGGCUCCAUAUGCAGAUGAUGCCACAUUGGAUGUUUACUUUGAACAACUCAUAGGCAGCUACUUUGAAAAUGGUCAGGAUGAUGACAUUCACAAGCAGAGUGUAGUUUUCUUCAGUGCAGUGGCAUGUCUGCAGCUCUUUGUGCAGUCGAACUGGGUAGGACCUCUGGUUGAUAUCAUCCCAGCGGAUAUAUUUUCUGCUGCUGUGGACAAAUGUGGAAUUCAGAAAUUCACAGAAGCCACACUGUCAGCACUGCAGGUGAAUGGGGAACCUGUGUAUGACCUGGUGGCCAAUCCUUUCCUACUCCUCCUGGCAAGAACCAUCCUGGUGACAUGUCAGGCCAGACUGGGGCACUUUAAGAUGGCGCCCUGGUGGACACUCCGCUGCCUUAAUGUGCACCAGAAUUUGCUUGGUGACCGUUCUCCCGUUCUCUACGCGGCUGCUCAGAGCUGCAUUGAGCAAGUGGGUAAGGAAGAGGAGUUGCAGACCUCAGAGGAAUGUCGGCAUCUGGCAAUACAGUUCCACCUGGAGGCUGCAUACACCUUCCUCUUUUAUUACGACUACAAGCGUGCCAAGAAGGGCUUCUCAGCAGCACAGAAAAUGGCUGGCUUGGCUAUCAACUUGAUCGGUGCCCUCGGAAAACGCACCCAAUUUCAGCAGACAGAUGUGGCCCAGCUCAUGGUGGAGGUGAAGAGGGAGGACAACCCUCUUCCACCGAGUGUGCUGAGCCCCAGCCCGACUCCACCACAGCACAUGCCCAAGGAUGUUCAGCUGGGUGACGACCUUCUACUGAACAAGGUGAAGCUCGCCCAUCCGGAGGAGGUGCACAUGCCUGAGCUGUGCGCUGAGGAGUUGGCUGUGGUUCUGGGUGUAUGCACGGAUUUACAGAAGAACAGUCCUGUACAUCGGCUAACAACAGAGGAAAUUUCUGCAUUUGCUGCGUUAAUGUUGUCGCAGCCCAAGUUCUGGCCUAUCCAGGUGACAGCGCUCAUGCUUCGCACAAAGCUUGAGAAAAUGAGCACACGCAGAGUGGAGAGAGCCAUGAUGCAGACCCAGGCCUUGCUUGACCACUUGGAAGAUUCAACACCUAAUGUCACAGAGAGAUUGAAAGUCUUUUUCUGUUGCCAAGUUCCACCAAAAUGGGCCAUUAAACGGGAGUUGGCAAGCCUACUCUUUUCACUCGGCUGUAACAGCGCAGCACUGCAGGUGUAUGAGAAGCUGCAAAUGUGGGAAGAUGUCAUCGUGUGCUAUGAAAGGACAGGCCAACAUGGAAAGGCAGAAGAGGUGGUCCGGCAGGAGCUGGCCAAGAAGGAGACGCCGACCCUACUGUGUCUGCUCGGGGACGUGACGCGCCAGUACGAACCGUACGAGCGUGCGUGGGAGGUGUCAGGCCACCGCAGCGCCCGUGCACAACGCUCCAAGGGCCUGCUGCACCUCCGCAACAAGGAGUUUUUGGAGUGUAUCGCCUGCUUCGAGCGCUCUGUCACCAUCAACCCUCUGCAGCUGGGUGUAUGGUUUUCACUCGGCUGUGCGUACAUGGCCACGGAGGGAUACGACGGUGCGGCGCGUGCCUUCCAGCGCUGCGUGACCUUGGAACCUGAUAAUUCGGAGGCUUGGAACAACCUAUCAACUGCUUAUAUCCGACUAAACCAGAAGCUCAAAGCUUACCGGACACUUCAGGAGGCGCUUAGGUGUAACUACGAGAGCUGGCAAAUAUGGGAGAACUACAUCUUGACCAGCGCAGAUGUAGGGGACUUUGCUGACGUCAUCAAGGCAUAUCAUCGCAUGAUGGACUUGAAGGAGGGUUACAAUGAUGAAGAGGUGCUCCAUAUUGUGGUGAGAGCAGUGACGGAGGGGCUGCCGGACUUCAAGGGGGAUUCUGCAGCUGCUCUGCUUGGGAAGGCCCGGGAGCUUAUGGGCCGUGUCACCAGCCGAGUAAGCAGUAAUGGCAACGUGUGGCGUCUCUACGCCAAGUUGUACAGCGAUGGAACAUCCCCGAGCCAAGAGGAUAGUGACAAGGUUGUGCAAUUUUUGUCAAAAGCUCAUCGCUGUGAUACACUAUCCAGUGAUUGGGAGAAGGACAUCAAUUCAUUCAAGGUUGUAGCCAAAAGGGCAGUAGAACUUGCUCAAGUGUCCAUCCAAUGUGCCAAAAAAAAGGGCAAUGCGCAGGAGGCCAUGCAGCUGUUGUCAUCAGCUCGUCUCAGCCUCCGGGGCCUUUCUGCUAAGGCCAAGCAGCAGCACACGGAUAUGAGCACCGGGGAGCUACAGGGUGACCUCAUGGACAUUGUGCAGGCGAUGGACAGCCUCGGGUUGGAGCUACAGGAGCUCUGCAAUCAGCUUAGGAAUUCUGUGUAGUAGCUGCACAGAGCAGAGGAUCAAAUCUCAACGCUGCAAUGCACACUCAAGCUCAGUAGCUGCACUCGUGGUAUUCAAGUUUGAAAUGAAAAAACAGAUGUCAGCUGGAUGAGACCCAUAUAUUACUCAAUUGAUCAUUGCUAAUUUCGAUUCCACAUCAUACCAUGUCUUCUCUUUUCAGUUUGUUAUGAUUGAAUAAAAUGACUCUUCUAGGAGUAAAUUAUUACCGUACAAGUAUUUUUGUGAGAGAGUAAUUGAUAUGUUUGGAAUUCAUUCAUGUGGAGUUGUGCCUUUAGGGAAAAAAAUAUCUUAAUACCGUAUUGCUUGUAUCCUGCAGUUUGGGGUGUGAACAUGCAAUGUGUGCAUCGUUAUAUUUGGAAAUGUUUUCAAUAAAUUAACAUUUUCUACA